GCUUCAGGAUUAUUUUAUUUUUCAUAAUUUUUAUUCAAUGAAAUGCAAUUAUGUUAAUCGAUCGUCGGUAUUCUUUCAAGAUGAUACCCAGAUGAGUGUAUGUAAUGUUCAGUAAAAGUGCAUUUUUAUUUGUAAGGACAAGGAAAACAGGUGUGACAAGGAACGGAAAUACCGCAUAGACUGUAAAAAACAGAUUUGUUUUAUUAUUGUUCACAAAGGGUCGGAAGAUAUACCAUGAAUGUUUGAGGAAUGAGGAAGUGGUCGGAUUUAUUUUCAUUGAAUGUUUUUAAUUAAAAUGUAGUUAUAAAAUCUGACCCACUUACGUACCUAGGUGGGUUGACCUAUCGAGACGAAUGCGGACUUUUCCCGAUGUUAUUUUUAGGAUACAGCUUUGCGGAUAAUUAAAUAUUUAUAAGCCAAAUUCGCAAUGCACAAUUGCUGAAAAUCAACGAGUGGAUCAUGUGCACUUAAACAAACCAAUCAUUCCCCAAUAACUACAGACUUGUGAAUCUAGAGAGUACUACUUCCUAAAAGGGAUCAAUUUACCCAUAGAUUACCAAUACAUAGGUCGUUUAUAUAAUGAAUUUAUCAUUAAAUUCAUUUGAUAAUCUAAUGUUGCCAUAUUGAAAAUAUGGAUUUCCAAAUUUAAAUGGAUUCCAAAUGAAUUUCGAAAAUAGAAUUUGCAUUAUGGUGACUUAAUUAGAUAGGCUUACAAUACAUAAAAAGUAAAGUAGAGUUUAGAUUGUGGGCCUUAGGCCCUAAGGCCGGGUUCACACGGCAGUGAUGAAGAAGCAAAAUGUACGCACUCUAUCGUUGAUUGUGUGCACAUUCACUUAUCUACUAGUUGGUGCCGCUGUGUUUGAUGCCCUCGAGUCUACUACGGAGAGGAAUCGCUUCGAAGUGUUACAAGCCAUAGAAGGCAUGAUAAUACGCAAGUACAAUAUAUCAGACGAGGACUUUAGAGUGAUGGAGACAGUUGUGUUGAAGUCGGAGCCUCACAAAGCUGGUCAGCAGUGGAAGUUCACUGGAGCAUUCUACUAUGCUACCACGGUUUUGACUACUAUUGGCUACGGUCACUCCACACCAGCCACGAUCGGCGGGAAGCUGUUCACGAUGUUCUACGCGAUAGUUGGCAUACCGCUCGGGCUGAUCAUGUUCCAGAGUAUCGGUGAACGGGUGAAUAGGCUUAGCAGCGUCAUAAUAAAAUCAAUCAAACGCGCAAUGAACUGUCGUCAAACACACGCGUCAGAAGUGGAUCUCAUAUGUGUUGUGACCACACUAUCGUCACUGACCAUCGCUGGGGGGGCGGCUGCGUUCAGCAAGUUUGAGGGAUGGAGCUAUUUUGAUAGUGUUUACUACUGUUUCAUCACUUUGACUACUAUUGGUUUCGGCGAUAUGGUGGCCCUGCAAAAGGACAACGCUCUAAACAAGAAGCCCUCAUACGUGAUGUUCGCGCUGAUUUUCAUCCUUUUCGGCUUAGCAAUUGUAGCCGCGUGUCUCAAUUUGUUGGUGUUGAGAUUUGUGACCAUGAACACGGAGGACGAGAAACGGGAUCAACAGCAGGCUGAACAGGCACAACAAGUGGCAGUGCGGUUAGAGGGUGACGUCAUCACAGCGGACGGUGACGUGUUGAGGGGCGUGGCUAGAGGCACAAGAUUGCCGGCUACACCAAGAAUGAUAAGACCCGGCGACACAAUGGUGCCGUUAUAUUCAGAAGAAGACGCGCCAAGCGUGUGCAGUUGUGCGUGCAAUUGUUUUGGACCGAAAUCGAUACCAUACCGCGAUCCGCUGUCCCCGAUACCACCGACGAAUAUAAAGCACAUCAAACCGAAAAACCUCUGCAACAUACCCAGAUACAUAGAGAAGAACUCAAACAGAGACAAUUCCACAUCGCUAAGACUAAACUCCGCCUCUGGUUACCUCUAUAUGAACGCCAGAAACGACUUCACAAUAGAUCAUGAGGAUUUCAACGAACUAGUAGCUAGGAGACGUGAACAAUUGCGCAGAGGAAUGAAGGCGUAUUCGCAUUAUAGCCCACAAAGUUCGUACGCAAAUCUACACGAAAGAAGCAACGAUCCUCUAGUAGACGAUUAUUACUCAGAAAAAAACAGUUACGAAAAGAAAAAGAUCAAAAAGAACAUAGAUAGAAAUACUAAACCUGUCAACUAUUUCUACGAUGAUGCGGUUUUGCACUUUGACGAUGAAUACGCGUUCGAUGGAUCUAUAAUAUUCGCGAAGAGAAGAAAAUCGAUAGACAAGGAUCUAUUGUCGGAUCUAGCGCGGUUCAAUAUAGAUCAAAUGUCGAAUGACAGCUACGGUUAUUAUUUGGAUGAAAGUGAGCAAGAUCAAUACUUUAUAAAUGACACAUUGACGUUGAGUAUGCCGGCGCAUAGAGCUAGUGUAUAAAAAGUUUGGUGGUGGUUCAAUUCGAAAUAUAUUACUUAACUAGAUAUCCGCCCGCGGCUUCGCCCGCGUUUGUAAAGGAAAAACCGCAUAGUUCCCGUUCCCGUGGGAUUUCCGGGAU